CGGAAAGCUAGCAAUUUUGCAAACGCGGAGAAAGAAACGUGAAAUAGAAAGUCGUCGAAGAGGUCCGUCCAACUACUCUAGUUUCUUAGAUGUUAUGAUUAAAAUACGUCAGGGAUCAGGAUUUCCUGUCUUGUGGAAUGUACAGUACCUACGUACUUACUUACAUAUCUACGAGGCAUCAGUUUCGAAAGCACGGUCGCGUAAACGGCUUGAUCGUCGUCGAGCCAUAGAUUCGAACGAAAGAAAUUGCAUAACGAAUCAUUCCGAAUAGAGAGCUUUGUCACGGUAACACGGUUUGCUGUGGACACGUGGAGCGACAGCAUGUUACGUGUACCUGUGAACAACGAUAAUUAUGAGCCGAAUAACGGAGGAAUAAUUAUAGAAGAACGGAGGAAGAAUAGUUUUGAUCGUUUGGUCGGUGAUGAUAUCCGCGAUGGACGUGUUUUGCUUAUCUAUACGGGCGGUACGAUUGGAAUGGUCAGAAAUGAAAAUGGAGUUCUUGUACCAAAGUCGAACAUUUUGGUGGAAAAGCUACGAAACUGUUCCGAUAUGCACGAUCGGGAGUAUGCGGAGGAACGAUUCGGAGCUACGGGACCAAUGGUACUUCCAAUUACCACGAGGAACAGCCGACGCGUAGUUUACAGCGUGUUGGAGUAUCCGGCGCUUUGCGAUUCCAGUAACAUGACGAUGGACGAUUGGAUUCGUAUUGCCAAUGAUAUUAAGGAAUGUUACGAGUACUUUGACGGUUUCGUUGUUCUCCACGGAACGGAUACGCUGUGUUACACAGCGUCCGCCCUCUCGUUUAUGUUCGAAGCACUGGAUAAGACGAUUAUAUUAACUGGUUCUCAGUUGCCAAUCUUCGAUACCAGAAACGACGGUUUCUACAACAUUAUUUCCUCUCUGGUGAUAGCCGGAAAUUACAAUAUACCGGAAGUGUGCGUGUUCUUCGGUACGAAACUGAUGAGAGGCAAUCGGACCUGCAAAGUAUCGGCCACGUCGUUCGACGCGUUCGACUCUCCAAAUAUUCCGCCUCUAGCCAAGGUCAACAUCAAUAUCGAAGUGAAUUAUCCAGCAAUUUUUCGGUCCUGUACAUUGGAAAAGUUUCGCACGCACGCGUCUUUGAAUAGAAACGUCGUGCUGCUUCGUAUAUUUCCAAGCAUAACCACGAAUCUGGUGAAGGCGUUCGUACAACCUCCGACCGAGGGUGUCGUGUUGCAGUGUUACGGUACCGGAAACUUGCCUUCGAACCUGACGGAUAUUGUCCAAGAACUUUGUAACGCCACGAAACGCGGAAUUAUUAUAGUGAACGUUACGCAGUGCUUGGCAGGCUGUGUAUCAGAAACUUACGAAUCCGCGAAGCAACUCAAGGAAGCUGGUGUGAUAUCGGGCAUUGAUAUGACAUCGGAGGCAGCGCUGGCCAAACUAGCCUACGUGUUAUCGAAAAAUGAAUGGGACAUGGAAACGAAACGGCUAAUGAUGGAAACGAACCUGCGCGGAGAAUUAACAACAGCGAGACGAUCGUCGUCGCUUAAAGAUUUCGACACGGUGGAAGGGAUCGCGAGAUCCUUGAGAAUUUCGUCAACCGUAGAAUUUGAGCAAUUGAAUAUGAUACUGUUCCCGGCGAUUUUCAACGCUGCUGUACUCGCGCGCGACCUUCCGAGACUCGAUGCUUUGAUAAGAUACGGAGCAGAUAUCUCGCAGACAAACGCCGAUGGUCGCACAGCGUUACACAUUGCUUGUUGCGAAGGAGAUUCGAACGUGGUGCGACGUCUUUUGAAUAUGGGUGCAAACGUUCAUAUCAAAGAUCGAUAUAAUCGUACAGCGCUUACCGACGCGAUAGAGUACGAUCACCACGAGAUUAUAAAGAUGUUGGUGAAAUACGGCGCUCACCUGCAUGGAAACGCGUACCUGAUAGGGGAGAAAAUGUGCGCCGCAGCGGCGAUAGGAAACAUUAAGCGUCUAAAGUCGUUUCAUUUCGCAAACGGGAAUCUGUCGGAAAAGGACUUGUCCGGAAGGACGCCGUUGCACUUGGCUGCGUUGCAUAAUAAGGUGCAAACGAUCAAGUUCCUGCUGGAUCAUAACGUAGAAACGAACAGCUGCGACAAGAUGGCCAUGACGCCGUACGAUGUCGCCAAGACGGCAGGUUCCGCACAAGCAGAAUCGUUGCUUCUUUCUACGAACACAUCCAACGUUUUAUCAACCCUCGAGUGACAAAUUACCAAACGAAAGUAACUAAACAUACAUAGAUCGAUGAUUGUAAGUACCCUUGUAACGACAAGUGUUACAAGAGAAAUUAUCGUUAUUAUACGAUAUAAUUACGUACAUACGUAUGUACAUAUGUAUAUAUAUAUAUAUAUAUACAUUGGCUUUG